AUGACACUAGAAGCUUUAUCAUCAAACGGUCUCUUAAACUUUUUGCUCUCCGAGACUCUUUCACCAACUCCUUUCAAGUCGCUCGUCGAUCUUGAAGCAUCGCCGGAAAAUGACGCCAUCAUCUCGAAGAACACAACUCCAGCGAUAUCCCACCAAGAACCAGCACCACCGCGACCAUCGGCGCAAGCUAAUCGAGGGAAGAAGCGGAGGAGAAGGAAGCCUAGGGUUUGCAAAAACGAAGAAGAAGCUGAGAAUCAACGAAUGACUCACAUCGCCGUCGAAAGAAAUCGGAGAAGACAAAUGAAUCAACAUCUCUCUGUCUUAAGAUCUCUCAUGCCUCAGCCUUUUGCCCAAAAGGGUGAUCAAGCUUCAAUAGUUGGUGGAGCCAUAGAUUUCAUCAAAGAACUCGAACAUCAAUUACUAUCUCUUGAAGCUCAAAAGCUUAAAAAAUCUAAACAAAACCAAACGGUUGCUUCUUCAACAAGUCAAGACUCUAACGGUGAACCCGACAAUCCUCAUCAACCAUCUUCUCCAUCGUUAUCGCAGUUCUUUCUUCACUCCUACGAUCCGAGCCAAGAGAAUAGGAAUGCCUCAACAAGCUCGGUGAAAACUGUUAUGGAAGAUAUCGAAGUGACCCUAAUCGAAACUCAUGCUAACAUCAGAAUCUUGUCGAGAAGAAGAGGUUUCCGAUGGACGACUGUGGCCACCACCGGACCACCGCAACUUUCAAAGCUGGUGGCCACUCUACAAUCACUUUCCCUCUCCGUUCUUCACCUUAGUGUCACAACAAUGGAAACUUUUGCUAUUUACUCCAUCAGCACUAAGGUGGAAGAGAGUUGCCAGCUAAGUUCAGUAGAUGACAUUGCAGGAGCAGUCCAUCACAUGCUAAGUAUCAUUGAAGAGGAGCCUUUUUGUUGUUCAUCAAUGUCGGAAUUACCAUUUGAUUUCUCUAUAAAUCACACGAAUGCCACUCAUAAUUCUCUCUAA